GUUUCCUGAGCUAUGGCACAAUAGAGAGCUUUCCAACAAUGUUUUGGGAAUAUUUCGACGUGGCUCGACGACCCGGACAUUCAGCGGACUGUACGAGCGAGUGAGAGACAUGGACAACUCUGUCACCCUGUGGCAGUUCCUUCUCCAGCUCCUAUUGGAUUCCAGUAACGGGCAGCUGAUCUGCUGGACCAAUGAGGAAGGGGAGUUUAAACUACUGCAGGCAGAGGAGGUGGCCCGGCUGUGGGGAGCCCGCAAGAACAAGCCCAACAUGAACUAUGACAAACUCAGCAGGGCUCUCCGAUACUACUACGACAAGAACAUCAUAAAGAAGGUGAAUGGUCAGAAGUUUGUCUAUCGCUUUGUGUCCUAUCCUGACAUCCUGAAAGGAGAUGUUGCUACCCGAACAGAGGGCAGGGAUGUGGGUGCUGGGGGCACCCCUCACCUAUUAAAUAGGGGAGACAGCACCCAGGAGGGCGAGUCUGCUGACCGCAGUAUCACAGCAGCUCUGGGCUCCAGCACCAAGCAGUCAAACCGUAACGACUACAUCCACUCUGGCCUGUACACCUCCUUUACCCUCAACUCGCUUCAAAAUGGACGGCAGCUCUUCAAGUCCAUCAAAAUAGAGAACCCAGCAGAGAAGUUGGCUGACAAGAGAGGUCUCACUGCCACAGCACAGAGCCAGGAGCAGUUGCCUCAGCCACAGCAGCCACCUGCUUUGCCAUCCGUCAUCAAGUUUGGAAACACCCCUCCAAAGCCAGCACCGUCUGCUCAGGUUGCCAUGGAGCCGACCCUGAUGUCCAACCAUUUGUCCGAAGACAUCAGCACACAGUCCUCCCUGCCGUCCCAGUCCGUCUACUCGUUUGAACACACCCGCCCAUCAGAACCGACGUUCAGCCUACCAGACCUGACCUCGACUACCCCGAGCCAAAUGCCUGACUCGUCCCAGGAGCUGGUGAUCGACAGCGACAUCGAGUCCGGAUCUUCUCAGCCCGCAGACGCUCAGGCACCAGAUCCCGCAGACGAUCAGGCACAGGAGAAGGUGGAUAGUGGCAUGGGUUUGUCUGGAGAUGAGACCAGUUUCGUGGACGCUGAAACCAGUUCAUCCUCACUGAGCAGCAGCAACACAGUCAGCACUCUGUGCUCAGGAAAGACACGCAAGCCUCCGAAAAUCCUGCAGAUCAGCCCGCCCACUCUGCUGGUCACCACCUCUGACUUCUCCCCCAUGAACCUCUGCAGCCCCUCUCUACCUACGGCCUCUCUCACACCAGCAAUGCUACAGACUCCUCUGUUGCUGACUCCUAGUCCUCUGCUGUCCAACAUCCACUUCUGGAGCACGCUCAGUCCGGUUGCUCCGCUCAGCCCAGCCACACGACGCCAGGGAGCCCACCUGUUCCAAUUCCCCUCGGUCCUCACCCCUCAUUUCCAGAUCCCUGUACACAGUCUGGAUGGGACCAACACGCCCGGGCCCAUUUCCCCAGACCCUCAGAAGACAUAGGAUUGACCCCCUACAAUAUCGCCGCAUUUGGACCGAGACAGCCAGACACGUUCCCGCCUCCUGCUCCAUCUUGUGCUCCCACUGCACGGACAAUUAUGUGGGAGCUCAGUCAUUGCCAUUCCUCAUCACUCUGGUGCUUUAAUAUUCACUGCCAUAAAAUUCACACUACAAUCAGGCGUUUUGGAGGGAGGGUCUGGAGAGAUGGAAGUGCAGUUUUGAUUGAUGACGGUUACACAUUCAGCUUUUUUCGGAACAUUUACAGCCUGAGGAUGCUAUCCUGUACUCAUACACACUGAUUCCAGCGUUCCUUAUGCACCUAUGGAUUCAUUUUGUCUGUCUUUUUGCGAUCCUCCGUCACAGUUCGAAGGAAGUAGGAAUUUCCAUGGCAACUGUUGGUGCAUGUGGAUUGGACCCUUAGCAUACAAUCUGCCUCAUACUUGGACACACAUCAUAUCUUUCCUUUUUAUAGAAUGUCCUUCUUAUGUUGUGCAACAGUGUUAUUACCAAAAAAGACCCAUUUUAUGUUUAGGACUGCAACUAACAAUUAUUUUCAUUGUUGAUUAAUCUCUCCAUUUAACUAUUAGUAGUUUGGUCUACAAAAUGCUAGAAAACAGUGAAAAAUAUCAAUCAAUGUUUCCCAAAAAGAC